AGUGAAGUUAAUUAGAACGGCUGCUUUCUGGACUACAGCUAGAUGUGGCAAGACCGCUAGAGGGCAGAAUGAGCCAAGCAAAGGCUAAGGGGACGCCGAUCUCCAGGGCCAAACUUGGGGAGCAGAUCUUUGUGAAAACGGAUGACUUCAUCCUGUCCGACCCACAAAUGCACAUAAUAAAGCCGAGUUACAACAGCCUGCAUGAUCCUCACCUUCGCAAAUACUACCAUCGCAAGGACAUGCAGACCCUGCUGAGGAAGAGAAACUUUAUUACAGGAGAGAAAGAGGUCAGAUGCUCCUUUAAGGAGUAUAAAAUGCACCAGAGGUACUUGGAGCACCUCAAGAGCAUCGCUGACCGAACAAACGGGGAGAUCCAGAGGUCCAAGAUGAGGCUGUUUCUGGAGAAGCAGCAGGAAGGGCUCAUCCCCCUGGACAUGACGCUCACAGACAUGAGGGAACAGCUGCUGGAAGAGGAGGUGGAGUGUCUUCGGCAGGUCAUGAGAGCUGAAGGAUUUCGGGGGACAAGAAAAUAUGACCCAGAGGAUUAUAGAAUAGAAAUGGACCUGCUGAGCUGGAAGGUGGAGGAGCGGGCGCGGCUCCGGAGAAUCGAAGCAGAGGUGCGCCAUGAAUGGAACAGAGAGAGGCAGCUGAGAGACGCCCAGGAGAGGAGAGAGAGGAAGAAACACACUGCAAUGGUGCGCAAAUGUACUGUGCACCAGCUGCAGGUGAUAGAGCAGGCGAAGCUGUCGGAGGACUCUGUGAUGGAGGAACGCAACAAGAUAUAUAAACCACCGUCCAGGAACAGUGCAAAGAAAACAAAUCUCACUCCAUCAAGGAACACCACAAAGACAGCAGCACCUUCUCUUCAGCCCACGGACCGAGUUCAGAGCUUUGUGAUCAGACCCAGAAAGCAGACACAAGUGACACAAGCAGCUUCACCUGAGCAGAAUUCCGCAGUUGAAGAUGAGGUGGAAGAGAGAUCCAGGAAAUCCCGGAUCCAGGUGUCGGUGGUCUAGAGGGGGCGGAAUACUGGAGAUCACUCAGCCCAGACGGCGAGCGAGACGGGGCGACGGGGGCAGAAUGGGAGGCAGUUCGAAACCUGGCGGAUUUAUCCACCCCCCUUCUAAGAACAAGC